UCAAAGUCUUUAAAGUGUCAAACAAAAGAAAAGUGAAGAAAAAAGACUCCAGAAGUAAAAUCCUCUUUCUCCAGCAAUCAGAUCAUCAUGUCUUUGAGACCUAGCGCUCGGACGGAGGUUCGCCGGAACCGUUACAAAGUCGCCGUGGAUGCGGAAGAAGGACGGCGGCGAAGAGAAGAUAAUAUGGUUGAGAUCCGGAAGAAUAAGAGAGAAGAAAACUUGCUUAAGAAGCGUCAAGUAGUUCCGGCGUCUCAACCGUUGUCUGCUGGUGGUGCUCCGGCCGUUACUACCACCACUGAGAAAAAGUUAGAGAGUCUUCCUUCUAUGGUUGCUGGAGUAUAUUCGACUGAUAACAAUAUGCAGCUGGAAGCAACUACCCAGUUUCGUAAAUUGCUUUCAAUAGAACGGAGCCCGCCAAUUGAGGAAGUUAUACAGUCUGGUGUGGUACCUCGCUUUGUCGAGUUCUUGAUGAGAGAGGAUUUCCCACAGCUCCAGUUUGAAGCUGCUUGGGCACUCACAAACAUUGCUUCUGGAACUUCUGAGAACACGAAAGUUGUCAUUGAUCAUGGAGCAGUUCCAAUUUUUGUCAAACUUCUUGCUUCUCCAAGUGAUGAUGUGCGCGAGCAGGCUGUUUGGGCAUUGGGAAAUGUUGCUGGUGAUUCCCCCAGGUGUCGUGAUCUUGUUCUUGGCCAAGGUGCUUUGCUUCCCUUGCUGGCUCAGUUGAAUGAGCAUGCUAAGCUUUCCAUGCUGAGAAAUGCCACAUGGACACUUUCAAACUUCUGCCGUGGAAAACCACAACCUGCAUUUGAAGAGACCAGACCAGCACUUCCUGCCCUUGAGCGCCUUGUUCAUUCGAAUGAUGAAGAGGUCUUGACUGACGCAUGUUGGGCUCUCUCUUAUCUGUCUGAUGGUACAAAUGACAAAAUUCAAGCUGUGAUUGAAGCUGGUGUCUGCAGACGUCUUGUUGAGCUCCUCCUUCACCCAUCUCCCUCGGUACUGAUUCCCGCACUUCGAACUGUUGGGAACAUUGUGACUGGUGAUGAUCUCCAAACUCAGUGUAUUAUUGAACAUGGUGCACUUCCGUGCUUGCUGAGCUUGUUGACUCAUAACCAUAAAAAGAGCAUUAAGAAAGAAGCCUGCUGGACCAUCUCCAACAUCACUGCUGGAAACAAAGAACAAAUACAGUCGGUAAUUGAGGCUGGAUUAAUUGGUCCUCUAGUCAAUCUGCUCCAGACUGCUGAAUUUGAUAUAAAGAAAGAGGCUGCAUGGGCAAUAUCGAAUGCCACUUCUGGUGGCAGCAAUGAACAAAUCAAGUACUUGGUGAGUCAGGGCUGUAUCAAACCAUUAUGUGAUCUCCUUGUGUGUCCUGACCCAAGGAUCGUGACUGUGAGUUUAGAAGGACUCGAAAACAUCUUGAAGGUUGGUGAAGUUGAGAAAAACUCAGGAAACACUGGAGAUGUAAAUAUAUAUGCUCAGCUGAUAGACGAUGCAGAGGGGUUAGAAAAGAUUGAGAACUUGCAGAGUCAUGACAAUAAUGAAAUCUAUGAGAAAGCUGUUAAGAUUCUUGAGACAUAUUGGUUGGAAGAGGAAGAGGAGACAGUGAUCGAUGGUGCACAGCCUGGGUUCAACUUUGGAGGACCGGAUGUUCAGGUUCCAUCCGGUGGGUUCAAUUUUAAUGGCUGAAGGGGGGUUAUGCAGCACAAGACGGAAGUAUGUCGGUGUCAGGUCGGUUUAAAGGUCAAGUCGGGUCAGGUCAGGUGUAGUGGGGUUACAUCAUAUUAUGGUGGUUCACGUACAAUAAAUGACGGGUUGACGGGGAUGGGUUUAUUUACUUGUUUACUGGAAGGUCUGCUGUGUGAG